GGUUUACACACCUUUAAAACCUUUCCCUAGGUUGCUAUUGCCGCCUAUUGGGCAUAUUUGGACGGGCUUGUUUUCUUUUUUGGUUCAUUCUGGUCUCUUUGCUACGAUGGCUGGUGCUUCGGACCGUACUGGCGUGCGCAGACCUAGGAAGGCUAAGAAGGAUCCCAACGCUCCUAAGCGUGCUUUAUCUUCUUACAUGUUUUUUGCUAAGGAGAAGCGUGUAGAGAUAAUUGCUGAGAACCCUGAGAUCGCUAAGGACGUUGCUGCUAUCGGUAAGAUGAUCGGUGCUGCUUGGAAUGCUCUUUCUGAUGAGGAGAAGAAGCCCUAUGAGCGCAUGUCUGAUGAAGAUCGUGUUAGGUACGAGCGUGAGAAGGCUGAGUACGCCCAGAGGAAGGUAUGAUGCGAAUUGUAUUAUUAAUUUCUUUGGUUAUCUAUU